CGCGACGAGAGGCGCGUACGUGCUUACGGGUGAACAUGUAUAUAUUAAGCCUAGACAGUCGUAUAGAAUAUGCAUACCAAUGCUCCAACGUCUACGGGUUCUGCAAGUCAAACGCAGUCAUGUCCGCCAGCAACGUGCUACCGACGACCCACAAAGCGCUCGUUCAAGAGGUCAAGACGCACCCUCUGGAACUGAAGCAGGUGCCUACACCUAAGCCUACGCCGGGCUCAGCAAUCUUGAGAAUCGUCUCUGUGCCGGUUAUCUCGUACGCGAGAGAAGUGUACGAUGGCACCCGCUCAAGCUAUGUGUACCCAACACCCUUGAUUCCCGGCCCCUCGGCCAUCGGCCGCGUCGUCGCCGUCGGCCCUGAUGCUGUCAAGCUCAAGGAGGGCGACCUCGUGUUUAUAGAUUGCUUGAUCAGAGGCCGAGACGAUAAUGAAGCUUUGUUUCUGCUCGGGCUUACGGAGGGAGGCACCGAGGGCAGCAGAAAGCUCAUGCACGGCGAGUGGAGGGAUGGGACUUUUGCAAAGUACGCUAAGGUGCCUCUUGAAAACUGUUUCGUCUUGGACGAAAAGCGACUAUGCGGCCCAAAAGAGCAGGGAGGUCUAUGUUAUGAGAUCGACGAGCUAGGUUGGAUUUUGCAAGGCAUUGUUCCGUACGGCGGCUUGAGAAGCAUUGGCUUACAGGCGGGUGAGACUGUUAUUAUUGCGCCAGCUACGGGUGGUUUCGGUAGUGCAGCUGUGAUUGUGGCACUUGCAAUGGGUGCGAAAGUCAUCGCUAUGGGCAGGAACACGAGCAAGCUGGAUAGGGUCAAGAGCCUAAAUCCGGAACAGGUGGCUGUCGUAGCCAUUACUGGCAACGUUGAGGACGAAGUCGCUGCUCUCAGGAAGCACGGUCGUAUCGACGCAUUCUUUGACAUCUCUCCAGCGGCUGCACAGAAGUCGACACAUUUCAAGUCCGCCAUGCUGGCGCUUCGCCACGGUGGACGGGUGAGUCUUAUGGGUGGACUGUUGGACGAUUUACCGGUUCCCCACCGUUAUAUUAUGAGAUUUGACAUCACUCUGAAAGGAAAGUGGAUGUACACUCGAGACGACAUAUUUGCGCUUCUGCAAAUGUUGAAUUUCGGAAUCCUGAAUAUCAAAGACCUCGUCAAGGUCGUCGGAAAAUACGGCCUGGAAGAAUGGAAGGAAGCGUUCGAUCUCGCACAUAAGCGCGGCGGUGAAUUGGGCCAACUGGUUGUUCUCAAUCCGUAGUUGCAAAUAGAAUCGGCACAGGCAUAGUAUUUGGUGAAGACAAC